AUGCCUCCAGUCCGAUUACGAAACCUGUUCCUACACAGCAUCAAUGGCAGCGCUCUAGUUGGACGGACAGGCUCCGGAAAAACAACAAUCCUCAGGCUCCUUCUCCGACUCUACGACGUGACGUCAGGCCAUAUUGAAAUCGACGGUCAAGAUAUUCGAGACACAACUCUCAGCUCGUUGCGCGAAACCAUCGGGGUCGUUCCACAAGAUCCCGUCCUGUUCAACGCGUCUAUCCUUGAGAACCUGCGAUACGCUCGACGAUCAGCUACAGAUGAGGAGAUCCAAGAAGCAUGUCGCGCUGCGGCUAUUUACGAGAAGAUUUUGAAUUUUGUAGAUGGGUACAGCACUACAGUUGGAGAAAAUGGUGUCAAGCUAUCUGGCGGAGAACUGCAGCGGAUUGCCAUUGCCCGAGUCUUAUUGAAGAAGUCACCAAUAAUUCUGUUGGAUGAGGCUACCAGUGCUGUGGAUUCAGAGACGGAGUCAGAGAUCCAGGUUGCUCUUGACCGCUUGAGAGCUAGACGCACUACUUUUGUCAUUGCGCAUCGUUUUUUGACUAUUGUUGGAGCGGAUCGGAUUCUUGUUUUGCAUGAAGGGCAGAUUGUGGAAAGUGGGAGACACCAGGAGCUGGUGAAUCAGGGUGGGAGAUAUCAAACUCUUUGGGAGCAUCAGUUUGGUGGUGAUCAGGUCAAUAAAGCACUAUAG